AUGGGGAAGGCCAAAACAGUGUGGCGCCUUGGGCACUCGCCUGCCAUGCACCCAGCACGCACUCCUCAGGGAGGCACACUUCCUGGCGUACUCCUCGGCAAGAGAGCCGGUGUGCGGCUGUUCAUGCGCAGCGCCCCCCACGGUAAGCCGGCGGCGCUGGCGGGGUGCCUACCCGGGACCCUCGUGGCGCGGAAGACGCAGCAUGGCGAGAAACGUGAAAAAAAAAACAACAACUCUACGGAUACCACGUGGUUCACAGGGCUCUCUUUCAGCCCUUGCGUGUCGCUCAGAUUGAACUUCUCCUGCCGACGGGAGCCUGCUUCUUAA